AGUAGUCUGACGUUCAUGAUGUUCACCAUACUGUUUACCUCUCGUUGAUGGGCGAUAGUUUAUUUUAAAUCAAUCGUAACAAUUCCUGUGUGAUUAUCAUAAUGUCGAGCAUUGAAGACAACGACGAGGAAUUGGGCGGCUCGGAAUUAGGAACAAAAGAAUUCUGGCAAAGUUCGUAUUCCAACGAAAUCAGCAACUAUAAGUCUCAUGGUGAUGUCGGCGAGGUUUGGUUCGACGAGGACAGUCAGUUCAGGGUUAUAACGUGGAUGAUUAAGAAUGACAUCAAACCAGAAUCGAAAAUCAUUGAUCUGGGUUGCGGAAAUGGAAUGAUGCUAAUAGAAUUGGCGAGAGAAGGUUUCACUCAUUUGACUGGAGUGGAUUAUUCAGAACUGGCCAUAGAACUAUCACAAAACAUUGCGAAAGACCAGGAAAUUGCUGUCGAUUACAAGGUAGCCGAUUUAUUGGAUGCUGAGUGCUGUGUUUCCUUGGGUCUUUUCGAUAUUGUUCACGACAAAGGAACCUACGAUGCAGUAAGUCUUCAUCCGGAUGACCCAAAGUCAAAGCGAGAGAUGUACAUGUCGAAUGUUUACAAUAUGCUUCAAGACGAUGGUCUGUUUAUAAUUACCUCCUGCAACUGGACAGAGACUGAACUUUGUAAGGCUUUUGUAGAUAAAUUCGUUAGGCAUAGUGUCAUACCUGCACCCAGUUUCAAAUUUGGUGGAAAAGUUGGCAGUGUGGUAACUUCAAUUGUUUUCAAAAAAUUAAACGGCUGAGAUGUGGCAACAG